AUGAGGCGCGACGUAGCGAACUAUGGGUCUGAGAUCGAAGCGACGGAUGAAUUGAAAGAUUCGGCCGAGUUGCGAGCGUAUACCGAUCGCUUACGUGUUGUUCUAUCUUCAGCACAUAAGUCUGUGCGAGACAAUCUUGACAUUGCGCAACAAAACCAGAAAAUUCUUUACGAUAUGCAUCGUAAGAAAGUGGAAUUUGAGGUAGGAGACUUGGUACUAACGGCAAAUACGGCAGGUAGCGCAUUAGGAAAAUGGGCAGUUCCCAAACUUGCACCCAAAUAG